CAGUCCCUAUGAUCCCAGCUACCAGCAGUGGGGGCAUCUUUAGGGAGCUGCUGGUCCUCAGAAGCGGACGCGGUCCGCUAUAGCCACAGUGUGUGCGGGCGUAUCAGCCGCCCCGAGUCAGGGAGAGCCGUGACGUCACCGCCAGAGUUCCAGAGCACCGAGUGAGAGGCGGCGCUGGGAGACGGGCUGCGGCAGGGCACACUUUACUACGGCGCCGCUCACUACUGUGCGCACGGGGACACGCUCCCCACCGCAGGACUAUCGGCACCGGGAGACUUUUCCUGUCGAGGCUCUUCGCCGGUUGUGAUUGAGGAGUAUCCGUCGCGCUGGGCGGUGGAGCCCUGGAGCCGCCAUGGGGAAAGUGUUUACAAGUUGCCUGCUGACUUUGGCUGGACUUCUGCCCGCUGUGGCGUUGGGACCGUACUCCGGUAGCUGUUCAUUUGAUGAGCCGUACCAGUCGUGUGGCUACAGUCAGUCGGAGCUUAAUGACAUUAAGUGGGAGCAAGUGAACACAUUGAGACGGCCACAUACAGAUUCCUGGAUGCCAUCAGGGUCUUUUAUGAUGGUGAAUACCACUGGAAGACGUGUUGGGCAGAAAGGUGUCCUGCUCUUACCUCAACUGAAAGAGAAUGACACGCACUGCAUUGACUUUCAUUACUUUGUGUCCAGCAAAAGUGGAGCCCUCCCUGGAUCUAUGAAUAUUUAUGUGACAGUAAACAAUGGGGAAAAGGGGAGCUCUAUCUGGAAUAUAUCAGGACCAGCAACGGGCACGUGGAACCGAGCAGAGCUGGCAAUAAGCACCUUCUGGCCCAAUUACUACCAGGUUUAUUUUGAAGUGGUUGCAUUUGAUCAACAUGGAUACAUAGCAAUAGAUGAAGUAAAAGUCCUAAGACAUCCUUGUGCUAAAACGCCUCACUUCAUACGGGUAAAAAAUGAGGAUGUCAAUGCAGGAAAGUCUGCAACGUUCACGUGCGUGGCAAAUGGAAAGACAACACCAAGUGACAGGCUUUGGCUGCAGGGCGUAAAUGGAAGAGAUGCACCAUUAAAAGAGAUAACCGUGAAUAAUGAUCGUCGAUUUGUGGCCAUAUUUAAUGUGGUGAACACAACAAAGAGAGAUGCUGGCAAUUACCGUUGUAUGAUCCGUACUGAAGGCGGAGUUGGAGUUUCAAACUAUGCUGAAUUGGUUGUUAAAGAGCCACCUGUACCCAUUGCACCACCUCAACUCUCAUCUGUUGGAGCGACUUAUUUGUGGAUACAGCUCAAUGCAAACUCAAUUAAUGGAGAUGGCCCCAUCAUUCAACGAGACGUAGAGUAUCGCACUACAAGCGGAACCUGGUCUGACAUCCAGUCUGUGGAUUCAUCCAGCUAUAAGAUUGGACAUCUCGACCCUGACACGGAAUAUGAGAUCAGUGUCCUCUUGACAAGACCAGGAGAUGGUGGAACUGGAUCACCUGGACCUGCACUGAGGACGAGGACAAAAUGUGCUGAUCCAAUGCAUGGUCCACGGAAGCUGCAGGUGGUCGAAAUUAAAUCCAGGGAAAUAACCAUUCGUUGGGAGCCAUUUGGAUACAAUGUUACACGUUGCCACAGAUACAAUCUCACUAUUCAGUACAGGUACCAGGUUGGCGGGCAGGAGCAAGUACAUGAAGAAGUAAGCUGGGAUAUGGAGAGCUCGCAUCCCCAGCACACAAUCACAAAACUGACACCUUACACUAAUGUCAGUGUCAAACUUGUGCUCAUGAAUCCAGAAGGACGGAAGGAAAGUCAGGAACUGGUAGUGCAGACCGAUGAGGAUUUGCCAGGCGCUGUACCAUUAGAGUCAAUUCAAAGCAGCACGUUUGAAGAGAAGAUUUUUCUGCAGUGGAGGGAACCUGCACAAACCUAUGGCCUUAUUACCUUAUAUGAUAUCUCCUACAAGGCCGUCAGCUCUUUUGACCCAGAAAUAGAUUUAUCCAAUCAAAGUGGCCGGAUUAUAAAGCAAGGAAAUGAAACGCACUACCUGUUCUUUGGCUUGUACCCGGGCACAACAUACUCUUUCACGAUAAGGGCCAGCACAGCCAAGGGCUUCGGCCCCCCUAUUACUAGUCAGUUUACAUCCAAAAUCUCAGCCCCCUCUAUGCCAUCAUAUGACCUGGAAACACCCUUGAAUCAGACUGACAGCACAAUGACAGUUCUUCUAAAGCCAGCUCAGAGCAGAGGUGCCCCUAUCAGUGUUUACCAGAUUAUUGUUGAGGAAAAGAAAUCUCGUCGGGUCAGAAAGACAUCAGAAAUGCUAAAAUGUUUUCCAGUUCCCAUACAUUACCAGAACACAUCGUUGUUGAAUGCACAGUACUACUUUGCUGCAGAACUUCCUCCAAAUCUUUUGUCAUCGGCCUUUGUCUUCACAAUUGGUGAUAAUAAAACAUAUAAUGGGUACUGGAACCCUCCACUUCUACCACAGAAAAGCUACAGUAUCUACUAUCAAGCUGCCAGCAGAGCCAAUGGGGAAACAAAAAUUGACUGUGUGAGGAUAGCCACAAAAGCUGCGAUAAUCGUGACUCAGCUUACAACACCAUACAUUCGCAUCGCCCCUGCUGCAGGCGACGACCAACUAACAGGUUCUGCAACUCGGAAGCCAGAUCCUGAACCUGAAAAACAGUCAGAUCACACUGUGAAAAUUGCAGGAGGCAUUGCAGGAAUUCUUCUCUUUGUUAUCAUCUUCCUGGGCAUUGUCCUGGUGAUGAAGAAAAGAAGAAGCUAUAACUCCUACACAUAUUACCUGAAACUGGCAAAGAAAAGGAAGGAGACUCUCAGCACCACUCGUCAGGAGAUGACAGUAAUGGUGAAUUCAAUGGAUAAAAGCUACACCGAGCAAGGCACUAACUGUGAUGAAGCGUUCUCUUUUAUGGACACUCACAAUUUAAAUGGCAGAUCUGUGUCCUCACCUUCAUCGUUCACUAUGAAAACAAACACACUUAGCACGACUGUGCCUAAUUCUUACUACCCAGAAAAUCUGGAAUACCAGGACCAGAAUGGGAGUUUGAAAACCAGGACUGGACCAGAAUCUCAUGAGGAUAUGGAGUUAGUGCCAAUUAAUGAUGAAAACCACACCAACAGCGAGACAAGCAGUUUAGCCCAAUCCCAUACAUACAAGAAACGGGAGACAGCUGAUGUUCCGUAUCAGACAGGCCAGCUUCACCCAGCUAUCCGGGUAGCUGACUUACUGCAGCACAUCACACAGAUGAAAUGUGCUGAAGGCUAUGGAUUCAAAGAGGAAUAUGAAAGCUUCUUUGAAGGACAGUCAGCACCGUGGGAGUCUGCAAAGAAAGACGAGAACAGAAUGAAGAAUAGAUAUGGGAAUAUCAUAGCAUAUGACCAUUCCCGAGUGAGACUGCAGAGUAUUGAAGAUGAAUCCAGCUCAGACUAUAUCAAUGGAAACUACAUUGAUGGCUAUCACAGACCGAACCACUACAUUGCCACGCAGGGCCCAAUGCAAGAAACAGUAUAUGAUUUCUGGAGGAUGGUGUGGCAUGAGAAUACUGCCAGCAUAGUCAUGGUGACCAAUCUAGUAGAAGUUGGCAGGGUGAAGUGCUGCAAAUACUGGCCAGAUGAUACAGAGAUAUAUAAAGAUAUUAAAGUGACACUUAUUGAAACAGAGUUACUUGCUGAAUAUGUAAUACGCACUUUUGCAGUAGAAAAGAGGGGUGUACAUGAAAUACGGGAAAUCCGCCAGUUCCACUUUACAGGCUGGCCUGAUCAUGGUGUGCCAUACCAUGCCACAGGACUUCUAGGGUUUGUACGGCAAGUCAAGUCCAAAAGCCCAGACAAUGCAGGUCCACUGGUUGUGCAUUGCAGCGCUGGAGCUGGCAGAACAGGUUGCUUUAUUGUCAUAGACAUCAUGCUGGACAUGGCUGAAAGGGAAGGAGUUGUAGAUAUUUACAACUGUGUGAGAGAACUCCGCUCUCGUAGAGUGAACAUGGUACAGACAGAGGAACAGUAUGUGUUCAUUCACGAUGCCAUAUUAGAAGCUUGUUUAUGUGGGGACACAUCAAUCUCUGCUUCUCAGAUCCGAUCAGUAUACUAUGAAAUGAAUAAAGUGGACCCUCAAACAAACUCCAGUCAAAUUAAAGAGGAAUUCAGAACAUUGAACAUGGUGACUCCAACACUACGGGUAGAAGACUGCAGUAUAGCACUCUUGCCUAGGAACCAUGAAAAGAACCGUUGCAUGGACGUCUUACCUCCAGACCGCUGCCUCCCUUUCCUCAUAACAAUAGACGGAGAAAGCAGUAACUACAUCAAUGCAGCCUUGAUGGAUAGCUAUGUGCAACCCUCAGCUUUCAUCGUUACACAACAUCCCUUACCGAACACAGUAAAGGACUUCUGGAGGCUGGUCCUUGACUAUCACUGUACAUCAAUAGUAAUGCUAAAUGAUGUAGACCCUGCGCAGCUUUGUCCACAAUACUGGCCAGAGAAUGGAGUACACAGGCAUGGGCCCAUUCAAGUGGAAUUUGUAUCAGCUGACUUAGAAGAGGACAUCAUAAGCCGAAUAUUUAGGAUUUAUAAUGCUGCACGGCCUCAGGACGGUUACAGAAUGGUUCAACAGUUCCAGUUCCUGGGUUGGCCAAUGUAUAGAGACACUCCAGUAUCAAAAAGGUCUUUUCUAAAGCUCAUUCGCCAAGUAGACAAGUGGCAAGAUGAAUACAAUGGAGGGGAGGGUCGAACAGUUGUACACUGCUUGAAUGGAGGUGGUCGCAGUGGUACAUUUUGUGCAAUUAGCAUCAUUUGUGAAAUGCUCCAGCACCAGAGGGCAGUGGAUGCUUUCCAUGCUGUGAAGACGCUUAGGAACAAUAAGCCUAACAUGGUGGACCUCUUGGAUCAAUACAAGUUCUGCUACGAGGUAGCUCUGGAAUAUUUAAAUUCUGGCUGAUUGCAUUGAUGAGACAACAAAAGCAUAAAAACUGUUCAUCUCCAUCUCUCCCAUGAACAAUGCAAUUUGUUCCUUGAUAUUUGUGUAUAUACAAUGAGGACUUCAGUGUUCUGCUUAUUUUGCUUUCUUAUAAUUGGCUCUAUGAGGAGCUGGAGAAAAGUGAUCUGGAAGCUGUCUGCACUGCCUUUUUCCCCACUGCCUUGCUGCUUUCCUGACACAGACGUAUCUUGAAGUUUAUGGAUCAUUUAUCCACAGCUACCAAGUCGCCUGAUCGAAGCAGCAGAUUUUGGCAAAUGAAUGAGCACAAAAUUACAUUCUUAUGAAGGAUCCUUAUUCUUAUGUUUGACUGACUUUUCGGUUAUUGUCUUAAUUACGAUAGUGUUGAUUUUUUUACUAUUAUUUUUGUUCUGUGGAACAUGGAGAUCGGCACUAUGACAACAUACAGUUUUGUUACAUUUGUACCGCAAUGUGUUAAAAGGAAACAUGACCUAUGUAUUUAUCUGUUUUUAAAUUGCAUUUUAACAGGUCACCCUUUGUUGAAAUAUUACUUUAUUUGUAUCAUUUGAAAAGAAAAGAACUAAAUAAUUAAUUUCCAAAAAAAAGUAAAGAAUAAAUAAAAAUAUAUAUAUCCACAGUU